AUGUCUGGAGAAACCAAGAUUCUUCUUACAAUCCUCAUAUUCAUGCAGCUCUCAGGAACCCCAUUUGCAGAUCAGAGACAGCAGUGUGUCCCCUCUAGUUGUGGGCAUAUUCAUAACAUCAGUUAUCCCUUUAGAUUAAAAAGUGAUCCGAAGCACUGCGGCGAUGAAAAUUAUGAAUUGAGCUGUGAAGAAAAUCGCGCCAUAUUCACAAUAUUUCCACAUAAUUGGUAUGGAUCACUGAACUACUAUGUUCAAGCCAUCAAUUACGCUAACUCCACUAUCCGUCUUGUAGAUCCUGGUAUAAGAGAACAAGUUAUCUGCUCUCUUCCUCAGAAUUCGAUUACGUUUUACACUAUCCCUCUUGGUUUUAAUCUUAUUAUUAGGCCUGAUUUUGUUCAUUUAACAGUACCAAUUACUCUCUUCAGCUGUCCAUUUGCCUUAAAUUCUCCAGUUUUUGUGGAAAUCACUAAUUGUCUCAACAGGAGUUAUGCUUCCAAUGUAUCUUCUGAUUUAUUUAAGGGACACACGUAUGCAACCAUGACUGAAUUAUCACCAUCCGAUUUGAAAGUCGGGUGUAGUGUAGACCUCAUGUCAAUGACUUCAUGGCGUAUUCAGGAUGCAAAUGCUGUCAUUUCUAUUGUAAGUUUGCAUAAUGCUUUGGCAUAUGGAUUUGAGAUUUCAUGGUUUCGUCACGUUUACUGUCACAAGUGCCCCCUUGAAUAUAGAUGUGAUGGUGAAAAUUCAACGGAUGUUCGUUGUGUGGAUGUCAGCUGCAAAGCUUACAAUUUUAGAUUCUUCAAAACAUCAUGUGGUAAGAACAUUCCCAAUGUCAUGCUUAGAAUAUAA